AUGUCGCGAACCUUACCUGCAAAUGGUUACUGGGUAAGGAGAGAGGGAGGGGGAAGACGGCGGUGGCUUGUGCUAGACCGCUUGGUUGCAUUAUGGAUGCAGAGCCUGAGGGAGAAGCCGGCCUUGGGGUUCCUUUCAUCUCAUGGUCUUUUACCCCCGUCACAUAUCCACACAAGUGCUCCUCUUGACAUUUCUAGAAGAUGGGAGAAGAAAAAUAAAAUUGUUUAUCCUCCACAGAUGCCUGGAGAACCCCGGGGACCAGCGGGAAUCUACCACUGCGGAAGGCAAGUUAAGUACAACAAAGACAAGAUGUGGUAUUUGGCAACAUUGAUCCGAGGCAUGUCCGUUGACCAGGCGUUGGCUCAUUUAGAAUUCUGUGACAAAAAGGGGACCCAAAUAAUUAAAGAGAUUCUCUUAGAAGCACAAGAUACGGCAGUAAGAGAUCACAAUGUGGAGUUCCUAUCCAUUUUACGUAUAGCUGAGUUCCAUUCAAGAUAUGGCCAGUACCUGAAACACAUCCGGUACCACAGCAGAGGUUAUUUUGGGAUCAUGGAGAAGGUUUAUUGCCAUUAUUUUGUGAAGUUGGUAGAAGGCUCCCCACCGCCGCCCAAGGCAACAGAGAUGGCCAUUGCCCAUGCCAAAGAGUACGUUGAGCAACUUCGCAACCGGACCAUCAUUCACAGUUUGUGACGGGCAGCUCAAGUGCUAUUGUGUAUGUAUUUUGCAUUUAUUUCCUAAAAAAAAAAAAAAAAAAAA